UAGCAACUGCGACAUCCGUUGUCAUUCAACAAUGCCGAAGGCCAAAAAUAGAUUCAAUGGCGGGCUCUGCCCGAGUGACUCACGUUAACUUUCGAUCCAACCUCUGCCAGUUUCGCCCCCAGCUGCCGAGUUUUUAUUUUCCAUAGCCAUAUACCUAUCCAAUAUUAAUCAAUCAGCUUUCAGGCCAUGUAUUGCACUCUCCAUGGUGUUCCGUAUCUACCGGGAACCGCUAUACCCGUUAAAGCCAAAUAUGGAAACGCGAUGAUUUUGUUCAACCACAGAACGGGCUCCUCUGCCGCAUUGGAUGAGAUGGGGGUUGCUAGAUUGGAAGCAGGGGGUAUUUAUACCGCAGAAACUUUGGAAUCGGAGAAGCGUCUGGCCGCAAAGUCAAAGGUAGGAUUAGAAUCCAGCGAUGACAACAAAAAGCUACGAAGGCACUCUGCCCUUCCACGCAUACUUAGUAGGAGGACGUCGGAUUCCUCAAUGGGAAAAACCUUGCGGGGCCUUGCUGGUGGUAGUAAAGCUGCAUCCGCCGCGUCGCUGGCUGGACCCGCUGAAGAGGAAGAGGCUAUCAGCUUUCAUGAGAUGUUAAACAUGGACACACCAAAGUCAGACGGCCAACAAAAGGAUGCUUCGUUACGAAAAACCAGACCUCGAUCCGCAGUCCCAUCUAAUAGCGGGUUUUUCACGACCACUUCUGCCGACACUUCCUUUCCCCCUUCGGGUACAUUUCCGAGCCUAUUUGAUCAACUCAAAGCUCAAAAGAGAAACAGUGGAGCACCGCCAGCAUCUGUAGCGAUAACAGAGUCAAGAGGGGACAUUCCGCGCACUGACUCACUCGAAAGCGGGUUGAGCACAUCAUCUGUAACUGUUGCCUCCUCAGUUCCAGAUCUGCGGGGUACGGUUAAAGAUACAUCCAGACGCUGGAGCGCCGGCUUUCCGUUUGGACCAACGACAACUAGUUCCGACUCCAUAAAUUCAAUGUCAUAUACAGGGAAACCGAGCCCGCUGUCCGAUGUUGAAUCCGAUGACGAAAAAAGAGACAGUGGGAUGACGUUGAUAGAUUUCUUGAAUAGUGGGCCUGGAUCUCGACCUCGAAAGGCCUCGGACUCGCCAGGUGUUUCGAAGAUCAAUACUGGCACCAUCAGAGUGAAAAGUUCAUCUCAGAGCUCCGGACUGGCGUCUCCGAGCGGCAUGUCCAGUAUUUCCACAAUUUUGGCGGAGACGUCCCCUCCGAGAUAUCUAACGCUGGUCGGAGGGAAGAAAUAUACUAUAUCAGGAUCAACCACAACAGCUGAUAAUAUUGCAGAUUUGGCCGCGCUCUCCGGCGUGGUACGCGUGGAGCGAAACAAGUCCGUCGAGGUGCUGUCGGCAACAUUAGAGGAUUAUGUUCUCAAAAUGUGCGAAAAAGCUCCAAACAAUGGGGAGAUGCCUAAGAUGAUCAUAGACAUCCCGACAGAAAACUGUUUAGCAUUGCCGGAUCCGCAGCAGGCGACGCAAGGCGCUUUCAACAUCAUACAUCGGAAUGGCGUACUGCAUUGUUGGGCAGCAUCUCAAGAUGAGAUGUCAGCAUGGACCAGCACUAUUAAUACUGCUAGUUCCAAUAUCUCUGUAGCGCAGAGCCUUAGUGGAACCCUGAAAGGAACGUUGGCAAAUACAGGUGCAAAAGGUGAUGCGUAUACGCGCGAAUUUCACAAUUUAUUGGCAGAACUGGCAGCCAAUAUGAGGGAGGUUACCGGGCAGGAUCCAGGACACUCAGAGACAGACGACGAGUCGCCGGUGCCUGAGGGUGAUCCUACUCCGGCACCUCCCGCGCCUUUCUUGCGUACGUCUAGCAAUAUUUUGGGCGCGGAGGAAGAGCAAAGAGUCAUGACUGCUGAGGAAACAAGUCAGUAUGAGGCAAAGACAGUAGCAGAGAGCGUACCGGAGGCUCCCAAGGCGCCCGUAAGACCACCGUGGGUACUCAUGAAGCAAAUGAGUGACAAUUUUGAUGGAAAGAUUGUGGUCCGAUACGAAAUAGAUCAAGACGGGUCGGUGAACAAGCACUCCAUUGCAGGGGGUACCCUCGACAAACUGAUCGAACGUCUUGCUGAUGAGCACGAUCCCGAUCAGGAAUAUAUUCAAGCCUUUUUGCUGACGUACCGCCAUUUUUCAACCGCCGAAGAAGUGCUGGAGAGACUGAUUGGACGGCUCAAUGUAGAACCCCCGCAAAAUGCAUCAGUAGAUCAAGUUCGGGCAGUCGAAAAAUGGCGGCCGGUAAUUAGACUACGCACGGUGUCCGUGGUAAAACACUGGAUUUUCAAUCACUGGUCCCCAGACUUUGUCAAUCCAGCAGCACAACGAGCCCUGAACAGAUUUCUGGACAUCAUGCAGCAGCCAUUCGAAGCAAAAACAGAGGAGGUAGAAACCCCGGCGGUCAAGUAUACAGAAGACUUUCAGAGCCUGGCGGUACUCCUCAAAGGGUUAAUGACUGUCAAGCACCGCAUCGCUAAAUGGCGACUUGCGAAUGCACCAACGGUUUUCUCGAAAGCAUCUACAGUUGCUGCUAAAACCCAGUUCCUUGAAAUGGACCCAAAAGACCUUGCCCAUCAACUGACCAUCUUGGAACAUGAGCGCUUUGCCGCCAUAAGUCCCCUGGCUUUCCUGUUACAUUUGUGGGAAGAUAAGAAAGAUGAUCCGGUAAUUGCUAGGGAAGUUGCUUCCAUUACGGACAUGGUGAACGGUUUCAAUCAGGUGUCCUAUUGGAUCGCGACAGAGAUUUGCACUCAACCAGAACUCAAGAAUCGGGUGAAAGUAGUUGAGAAAUGUAUCAAAGUGGCAUACCACUGCCGGGCGUUGAACAACUACAAUACUUUGCUGGCAAUAAUAUCGGGCUUGAAUCUUUCUGCAGUGAGCCGACUUAAAUCCACUUGGGAGGCGGUCGAUCCAAAGCGCUUGAAACAAUUGCAGGAGCUGGAACUUCUUCUAGCACCGCAAGGCAAUUAUCGUUCAUAUCGGCAGAUACUUGACCAAAUGGAGAAGGAUCGAAAUCCUCCCCCCUUCAUCCCAAUUCUGAGUCUUUUCAUGAAGGAUUUAUUAUUUAUCAAUGAUGGAAACCCAAAGCGAUUCGACAAUGGACUCAUUAAUUUUGGAAAGUUGCGAACGCUCCACAAGAGCAUCUCUCGGUUCAGUGUCUACCAGCAAAAUCCAUAUAAUUUACCAGAGACCCCACAGAGCUUUGCCGUAUACGAAUUCUGCCGCAAGCUGCGGUGGCUAAAUGAGGCAGCACUUUACAAGUACAGCUGCUUGUGUGAGAUGAAAACAGGAUCGGCCCAAGAUACCAUACGACUGCGGGAUAAAUGGAUGAAUGAGGGGAAGCGAUAG